AUGUCCGACAACCAGACGGUGGAUGCCUCCGUGAUGGAAGAAGAACAGGCAACAGUCAACGCAUCUGAAAGUCCAAACUCUAGUCCUGGGAGAACGACACAGUCCAACCGGAAUUCGAAUUCUCACGUCACAACGACAGCGCCAUUCAACCCCAUGUCCCGAAAGAGAAAGGUUCCGGGUUCCCUUCAAUCUGACCUUACGAUUCAAACCUCUGAUAAUCAGUCGAGCCUAUUCGAGCCGCGGCUCGACGACGACGAUGCGCCGCAGUCUGUCAUUCACGCACCAGCGGGAUUCGGCAAUUUCGUGGGAAAAUCGACAUCUAGCUCAACUCAGCAUGACGAAAAGGACGAGUCUAGCUCCGUGGAAGAAGACACAGAAGCGAGCGACUCGCAAGCAGAGCAUACUCAAACGUCUAGCAAGAAAUCAUUCCACAGCCCAGUAUCGCCGCCUCCCAUAACGACUGCGAUCCCGCCAGUAAAAGACUGGUCUGACCGGGCAACACCCCGUGCGCAAACGCGACAAGAGAUUGAAGAGUUUGAGCGGCGCCCUCAUUCUACAAGCCUGGAAGAUAUACCCGAGAGCACUGAUCCGGAUCCAAUAGUGGCAACGGAUAGCGACGCGCCAGUGACACCUUUAAGGCCCCUCCAUGCUCAAAGGAAUGAUAUCGCUGCUCUGUGGACGGCAUUGGGCGAGUGCUGGACGCUUUGCAAUACACUGGCAACACUUAGCCAUAACCAUCGCGAACGACUGUUCAAUUCUGCCAGUAAAGGUGAUAUGCAAGAGCUGGCGUGGAAAUCAUGCUGGAAGCUGUGCCAACGGCUAUAUGAAUGCAGAGAUUCCGACUACGCAUCUCAAGUAGAGCCUACGCUAGACCUCUGCCGAGACUUUUGUCAAGCGUUAUUCGAAGUUCGGGCUAGAGACAACGAAGACGCCGACUCGGUGCUACGAGUGAGCUUUGAGCUCAAUAAUCAUCUUUACAACUCGAGUGACCGCGGAUUGCCUAGCGUGUUCCGUGAACGGACGCUGGACUUUUAUAUCACGUUAUGCCACCGUCUUAUGAAACAACGCAUGCACCUGGCCGAGGAGACAGACUCGCUCCUCCAUGCGUGUUGGUCACUAGCUGAGAUGCUGUUCAGCAUACGUCAGAGCAAGCGCGAGGGUAGGAACCCAGACGAAGAACUGCUGGGAUCGGCUGUUCAGGCUUGCUGGGAGCUCUGUGACCUCUUCCGUGAAGGCUGGACACAGAUCCGGCCGGAUCGCGGAACACCCCGACCCAGCCAGACGACAUUCUCGCAGGCAUAUCAGGAGGCUAAGGAGUCGGCCGCUUCCGCUGCAGAGACCCAUCAGCAGACGAACCCAGAAACACCGACGACGAUAUUCGAUGACACAGCAACCGUCUCGCCGGACGAGGCACCCAUCCCGAAUAUUCUAGUACUGGGACAUGCCCAGGGGCCGGGUAGUCAGACCAAAUGGUCAUCCAACGCUUCAACGCUGUCCGGGCGAUCGCGGUCGUCAGAGCAAACGUCAUCCACAAACACGGUUAUCACGCCUGCGGAGGAGCCGAACCUGAUACGCCUCAAGCUAUUGAUCACCAAGGCGGCUCUCAACAGCGGCUACCAGAGAGGAGGAAGCCAGAACCUAGCCUCGUUUGCAAAGUCACUAUCGUCGGAUUCGUUUGGCCCGAUGGCUUGGCAGAUUGCGCUGCUCGACCAGUAUAAGAAGUUGGUCACGUCAGACCCGGCGUUCAAGGUAGUCGGCAUCCCGGGCCAUGCGGCCGCGAGCGAUGUUGGCAAGGCGGUGCAGGCAAUGGCGCAGGAUGGGCAGUAUGCUUGGUUGCGCGAUCUGUAUCGGUUGGUGUUUGGGUUCCACCCGGAGGAGGCGGGCAGCCGUCGGAACGUUGCGCUUCACACGUGA